CCACUCCCCCGUGGUACCGUUUGUCGCAAGUUAUUCUACGGAUGUGCGGAUCGCGUCUCGUGGAUUUCAGCUGUUGAUCAAGGCUUUGAAAUCUAUUCGGCAGAACGCAUAAUACUCGUCAAAUGGACCAUCAUCCAAGAGAUCUGCCAAAAGGGUGGAAAAAGGUGUGUGUUACUAGAAAAAGCGGCAAAACGAAGGGACAUGUUGAUGUUUAUAUACACGAUCCAUUGGGGAGAAAGUUUCGCUCUCUUGCUGAACUUAAAAGACAUCUAAUCGAGGCCGAUUUGGGACUAUCUAUUGAACAGUUUAGUUUCAGAGCAGAUGGGGCGAAUUUCCUACAUAACGCAGCCCCGGAAAAGCGACCAAAACAGAGCGAGAGGAAGAGAGAUCAAUCGGGAUCAAAAGGCAAACUUGCUGGAGGAACCCCGGGAAAAAGGAAGGCAAAGACCCCCCACAUAGCUGUCACAAAAGCAAAAAGAAAUAAAAAAGAGCGCAGCGUUAGAGGGAAAGUAGUUAAGAUAGUUCUUGGCAAGACUAAGGCUGCCAAGCCUAGAAGACCAUCUGUUGUUAAUGAGGGUAGCCAUUUCACAGGUGUGGUCCCAAAGGGCUGGACCAGAACGGAAUAUGUGAGGAAGGGGGGACGUACCCAGGGAAGAGUUGAUGUAACUGUUAUAAACCCUGAAGGGAAACAGUUCCGCUCUCGAGUUCAGCUUAGCGAAUUCCUUAAGGAGCAGCAAUCCAAAUUGAGGGUGGACGAUUUUGGAUUUUUUCCACUGGGAGGAAGAAAAAGAAAAAGCACUGAAAAGUCAAGUGAGCCAGGAAGAAAGUGCAAAGCUGUGAUAUCUAAAGAGCCAAAAGUAAAAAAAGUGGCUUCCAAGGCUGAUUCUAGUGAAAUUAGUAAGCAGACACCAAGAGGCAAAAGAGCAACAAGAUCAAACUCUGUUCUGAGUUCAGAAUCUUUGUCAAGAAAGCGGAACAAGAUGCAAGUUGGAAAAAGUGAAAAAAACAAUGGCGUGAAAAUUGCUCAUCAAAGCCCCACAAAAGCAAGUCUAGAGAGUUCUUACUUUUCUUCUAAAAAGACAAAAAGGAAGUCUACAGAAAGUUUGAAGCAUCGUUCCCAGUUAGAAGUUGUAGCAGAGAACAGAGCAAGUGUGAUCACUAAUGAAGGGGUGCCUACUGGGUGGAUUAAGAUUGUGACACAGAGAUCCAAAGGAAAAACUAAGGGAACCUAUGAUGUUUACAUAGUGGACCCUGAUGGAAGAAAGUUUCGCUCUAAAGCAGAGUUGAAGAGGUUUUUAGAUAAAUCACAGUCUGAUCUAACCAUUGAAGACUUUGAUUUUCAACACAAGAAAAUGGUCAUAACCAGUAAUAAGAAAGAGCUAGAUAAAGAAAAUGAUGACUCUCAGGAACCCUUUGGUGCUGAUUCCACAGCAUGCCCAAAAGAUGACGAUGAUCUUGAUGAAAGUCUAAGUGGUGAUUCAUUAGACUCUUUAGAAACUUCAGCCAAACAAGUGGAAGCAACACAAAGUCCUUACUUCAAGGAUGCUGCUCAGCCAAAGACCCCCAAAUGGACACCACCCAAGUCACCCUUCAGCCUUGUGCAGGAGACGCUCUUCCAUGAUCCUUGGAAGCUGCUGGUGUCUUCAAUCUUCUUAAAUCGGACUGCUGGUACCCAGGCCAUCCCGAUCAUGUGGGAGUUCUUUAGACGGUAUCCAGACGCUGCUGAGGCAAGUAAAGCUGAUCCUGGGCCCAUUUCUGACCUCCUCAGACCCCUUGGACUGCAUGAGAAGCGGGCCAAGGCCCUUGUUCAAUUCUCAGCUGAGUUUUUGAGUCGUGAUUGGAUCUACCCUGAUACACUUUAUGGAAUAGGUAAAUAUGGCAGUGACUCUUACCGCAUUUUUUUCCUGGGUGAAUGGAAAGAUGUAAAACCAGAGGACCACAAACUUAACCUCUAUCAUGACUGGCUUUGGAAGCAAGAGAGAGAAGGCUUAUUGUAGGGGGUUCCUGUAUUGUUAAACCAAAUAAUAUGUUCUGUUUUGUUAAAGGUAAAAAGUUAAUGUUGUCUCUAAAAAGGUUGUGCAAAGGAUUUGCAUUUGCUGUACAACUCAUACAGUUUAAUCGAAGUCAUACAGUUAUAUCUCAACAUAACAGUAGCAUCUCAAGAUCGAGAUUUUAAAGGGGUGUAAAUCAUUCUCCCCACCAUGCAAUCCAUAUUUUUUUUCCAUAAACAAGGCAAAUUCCAAACAGUUCACUGAAAGAUAUACAUACUGUUGUGACUUUUGAAAGAAAAUUCAACUUUGUGUUGGCUGUAAAUGACUUGUGCUAGUGUUAAAAACAACACAGCAUAAAGUGUUUAACCUUCAUGGCUGAAUGCCAACCCUGUAUAAAUGACAAUCCUAACCCUGCUUUAGGUUAGGGUAAGAGUUAGGCAUUGGGUUGUCGUUUAUCGUUUAACCCUGGGGUAAACCACAGGGAAACCACACAUUUGCAGGAAAAAAAAUUAUAUUCAAUAAGUUUAUAUUCAGUAGAAAAUUGUCAUCUUGUUUUAUUCAUUCAUUAUAUUCAUUAUUCAUUGCUCUAUUGACAUUAUUAUCAUAGUUCACAUUUGACUACUGGUUAGUUUAACGUUCAUACCAAGGAUGUUUAGCCUUGACAAUGCACUAGUAUGUACAUUUUCAGCAGAAAAGAAUAAAGAUAAAUGGAUAAGUUAA